AUGUCACUCGUUGAUAUUGAACCAUCCUUGCAUAUAUCUAUAUGCGUACAUCCUAUCUGUUCCCAUCAACUUAAUCUAAUUCGCUCAUUCUCCACUUCUUUCUUUUUCUUUCUUUCUUUUUCUUUUUUCUUUCUUUCUUUUUUCUUACUUUCUUCUUUUCUUCUUUCUUUUUGCUUUCUUUCUUUCAUUUUCUUUCUUUCAUUUUCUUUCUUUCAUUUUCUUUCUUUCUUUCUUUUUCUUUCUUUCUUUUUCUUUCUUUCAUUUUCUUUCUUUCAUUUUCUUUCUUUCUUUCUUUUUCUUUCUUUCUUUCUUUUUCUUUCUUUCUUUCUUUUUCUUUCUUUCUUUCUUUCUUUUUCUUUCUUUUUUUCUUUCUUCUUUCUUUCUUCCUGUCUUCUUUCUUCCAUUCUUCUUUCUUUCUUUUUCUCGCUGAAAUCAAAACACAAAUACUCCAUCUUUGCUCUCUCUCUCUCUCUCUCUCUCUCUCUCUCUCUCAUCUUUCUGUCUUUCAUUUUUAUCUCCACUUCAGCGUCGUAA